GCGCAGGGCGCUCGGCACCGGCACGGGCGGCGGACGGGCACCUGCUGCCGGCCUCGCGCGCAGUGGCGCCGCGCUUCGUCCGGGGCUGCGCGGGCGCGUCCGGCCCCGGGGGCGCCCCUUCCCGGACCCUCCCCCUCCUGGCCCAGCCCGGCGCGGCGCGGCGACCGGCGGCUCGUGGGGCGUCACCUCCUCCGGCGGCCUGGGCACGGCGGGGAGCGUGAAUGAGAGUUUGCUCCGAUUUACGAGCAGGAGACUCCAACCGUCAUGUUAAGGUAAAGCAGAAAAGUGCAGUGCUGAACAUGCUAAAGAAGUUGGACAAAAUAAGGUUCAGAGGUCACAAGAGAGAUGAGUUCCUUGAUUUAGCAGAGUCUCCAAAUGCUUCAGACACUGAAUGUGGAGAUGAAAUUCCGGUGAAAAUACCCCGGACAACAACUCGAGACAAUGAAGAGCUGAGAGACCCUGCUGGUCCAGGGACCAUCAUCAUGGCAUCAGGAGUCCCGGAUUUUAACAGAACGGAGUCUGACAGGCUGAAUGAGAUCAAAGGUCACCUGGAAAUAGCCUUACUGGAAAAACACUUUUUACAGGAGGAGCUCAGGAAGCUGAGAGAAGAAACAAAUGCUGAAACGUUAAGGCAGGAGCUGGAAAAGGAACGACAGAGGAGAUUAGAACUAGAACAGAAAGUCAAUGAAGUACUUAAAGCAAGGACGGAAGAGGUGCCGGCAGCUCAGCAGCCUGCCAAACCACAGACGCAAGCCAACGGAACAGAUAAGCGUAACACAGUCUGUUCAAGACUCCAGAAGUGGUUUUGUGACAAAUUUGGGGAAUAUGUUGAGGAUUUCAGAUUUCAGCCAGAAGAGAAUACGGUGGAAACAGAAGAGCCACUUAGUGCAAGAAGGUUGACUGAAAAUAUGAGAAGAUUAAAGAGAGGUGCCAAACCUGUUACUAAUUUUGUGAAGAAUCUUUCUGCCUUAUCAGACUGGUAUUCUAUCUACACUUCUGCUAUUGCCUUUAUUAUUUACAUGAAUGCUGUAUGGCAUGGCUGGGCCAUUCCUAUGUUCUUAUUUUUAGCGAUUUUGAGGUUGUCCCUAAAUUACCUCAUAGCCAGGGGUUGGAGAAUACAGUGGAGCAUUGUGCCUGAAGUUUCUGAACCCGUGGAACCCCCAAAAGAGGACUUGACAGUGUCUGAAAAGUUUCAACUUGUUCUAGACGUGGCUCAGAAGGCGCAGAACCUUUUUGGCAAGAUGGCAGACAUACUGGAAAAAAUUAAAAACUUGUUCAUGUGGGUUCAGCCAGAAAUAACACAGAAGCUCUACAUUGCUCUAUGGGCAGCUUUUAUUGCAUCUUGCUUUUUGCCCUACAGGAUUAUUGGGCUUGCAAUGGGACUCUAUGCUGGAAUCAAGUUUUUCCUUAUUGAUUUUAUCUUCAAACGAUGCCCCAGACUAAGAGCUAAGUAUGACACUCCCUAUAUCAUCUGGAAAAGUCUCCCAACAGAUCCUCAGCUCAAAGACAGAUCUAAUGCUACUGUGUCGAGACGGCUUCAAACAGCAGCAUCCAGAAGUUAUGUGGGCUCAAGCGCCCCAACUGGGAUAAGCAAAGAUGAAGACACAAGUCGUUUUCAUACCACCAAGAGAGGGAAUUUCCAUGAGGUUUUUAACCUGUCAGAAAAUGAGCGCCCUUUGGCAGUGUGUGAGAAUGGCUGGCGCUGCUGCUUGAUUAACAGAGAUAGGAAGAUGCCCACAGACUACAUCAGGAAUGGAGUUCUUUAUGUUACAGAAAACUACUUGUGCUUUGAAAGCUCCAAAUCUGGCUCAUCUAAAAGAAAUAAAGUGAUAAAGCUAACGGAUAUAACAGAUAUUCAGAAGUAUAAAGUACUCUCCGUUCUCCCGGGAUCAGGGAUGGGCAUUGCUGUAUCAACACCAUCUACACAAAAACCUUUGGUGUUUGGUGCCAUGGUACACAGAGAUGAAGCUUUUGAGACAAUUUUCAACCAGUAUGUGAAAAUAACCUCUGCAUCAUCAAGCAGUGAGAGCUAGUAUCUCGUCUUAGAAGAUCUAAAGGAAACUUUCUUAUUUUACAACUUGGUAGUGAAAAAAAAUGAACAUCCUCAUCUAUUUUGCAAUAAUUUUUCUUGUCUGGUGGUUUAUAUUCUAUCUGUUACAUAAAUCAAGUGUAUUUUAUAUAUGCCUUCAUGUUUGUUUUUAAGGUUUUUGUAAAAAACAGAAAACAAAAAACAAAAUGAAACAAAACAGUGAAAGUGCUAUUGUCACUAUUAGCCUUGCACAUUAAGCACUUUUAAUGUUUAUUUACUGACAUUAAAAGUUGAGAGGAUAUUUGGAGAACUGACUAGACAAUGAAGUGAAAGAGAAUGAUCCCUUUAACUCCACUGAUACCACUAGGGAUAAGUUUAUCCCUGUUCUCUUCGUUGUUUUUCCCUGAGAUGUGAGAAUGAUGACUGCAGCAGUCUGAAAUGUCUUUCUCCAGCUCAGAGUUUCUAAUUGGUUUCUUUGUUAAAACUGAGCAACACCAAGGAAGCAUUGUCAUCUUACUAUUUCCAUAUUUAUAGCUGCACUUGAAAUAACUCCUUGCUAAUUCCUGCAUUGCAUAAGGAUAUUUUACCAGUUGAUUAGGUUCAGUUUUUCCCCACAUAGACAUUUAAAUCCCUUGUGCAGUGAAUUGGAGGAGAAAGUUUGUAACUAUAUCUUCCUUUCCUAAUUAACCAAAGUAAGAGGAAGGAAGGCAGGCAGAUACUUUUUAUAAAAGAGGGCACCAAAAUGUUGUUCCUAAAAUAUUAGGCAUCAUAUAUUUGUAUUUCUGUAGAUACUUGCCAUAGAAGGGCUCAACUACUGUACAUGUUGUAUGUACGAGGUGUUUGUAUGUUACUGCAUUAAAGACUUGCAGGCUUUUUCUGUUGGGGAGGUGGGAAUAAUUAAACUGAACUGGGGAAUCACUCUUCUUUUUUUUAAUUUGGCUUUUUCUCUUGAGUUACCUUGUAAUAAAAUAACACUAUAGUGGCUGAAAGCCCUAGUUCCUUUCCAAAGCAAGAUUUCAAAGGCACUGAUAUGUUGCUGUCUGUCCCUUUGCCAAAUUAAAGAAACAAUUAGACCCAGCUGCCAGGUAAAACAGGAAGGCUGUGCUCCUUCUCUAAACUCUCUCAGGCCUUUCUAGCAGCAAAGCACAUAUUGACCUUUGUCUUUUAAUAUUAGAAAGCUUUUAUACUCUAUAUAAUAGCACCCAUCUGAGAGGUUUAGAAUAUUAUUUGCAUUUUCAUGAAAGCACAGUGGGAGUUGUGCAAAGCCUUCCAGUAUGUCUUUUCCUUGGCUGUGUCUUUUGAGUAGUAUGGAUGUCUCCAGACAUUAUAUGAAUGUCCCCUCUGAAAAGCAAUGGAGAUGCAAAUUCUUAGGUAAAAAUGGGACUUAAUUUUUCUUCUCUCUUUUUUUUCUUUAAACAGGAAUUUUCUUUCUAUAUAGGGAAAGGGGUAAAGUGAAGGAGGGAGAGAGGAGACAAACACCAAAGGGUGUUUAACUUUUAGCACAGUUUUUAAUUGAAGUCUCUCAACAAAUGCAGCAGUAAUGAAGAAGAUGGCAGUUGAACUGCACAAACCAUAUUUCAGUCUGGCCACAAAGAGGUAUGGCAAGAAGAACAUAACAUGAACUUGAUAUGAAGAAGUACUUUUGAAUACUGUACUUUUGAAUUGGGUAUUGUAAAGUGAAACACUGAUGAGGAAACUGUAUGCUCUGGGUGGGAAUGUGAACAAGGAUGGGGGAGAACCCACCAUAAUGGCUAAAAUGCUCUUUUUGAGCUCUCCCAUUAGAGUAGCACUGGAACUUGUCUUUAUGUGACCUGAAAAAGGGAGACAUUUCUAACACCGCUUUAGGUAUAGUGUAACUCAGGGUCUGAAGACUUAAAAUAUAAGUAAAGCUGUUGGGAAAUCCAUUUUAACACAGUCUAAAAUGGAUGUAGCUUGACAGUUUAUGCUUUCUCCACUUUACACACGCAGGUUUUAUGUUUAUGUAAAAAUCCCUAUCUUAAUCUUUUUUUUCCUCAAACUUACUUCAGAAUCAGUCUUUCAGCAGUUGCUGUGUAUAAUCAUUUGACUUUCCUUUCUAGAAGCAUCCUUGAGUGUGGCUAACAAAUAAGCAUUAAAAUUGCUUAAUGUUAUAUAAAUCUUAAUCAGAUUCAUUCGUUUUACAUCUUAAGAUAAAAAUCCCUUGGAUGUGUUUAAGGUUAUUCAUUUUUUUUUUAAGAAACAGAAAACUAUAUUUUUUACAGAGAGCAUGCUCUUUUUUUUUUUGUAUCAUUUUUUCAAGUAUAAUUUAUACUUUUACUCUGAUCAUAACAGCAGUUGGUUGACCUGCACUUAUUACCUUCCCCUCCUCCCAUCCUUCACUGUUUGACCCUGAUAUAUAGGGUUGUCCUAGAUUCUGGUUCCUGGAGGAGCUGUAGGCCCUGUGCCAGGGCAAUUAACCACAACAGGGCUUUGGAGAGGGACAAAAGACAUCAUUAUCCUUUUCCCAGACAGAAAUGCCUCCUGUGUACAAUAUGCUCCUAACUUUUUUUUUUUCUGGACAAAUAAAUUAGAAACUUCUUCUAAAACCUAAUGUGUUGGUGGCUGAAAUGAAUCUGCACUUUAACAGUGUGAACUUAAAAGUUAGCAAUUCCUUAAAGCAGUAAACCUAGUGCAAACUGCAAUGCAACAUGUUUUCAUUCUGAUGUAUAGAAAACAGACUGGAUUGUUGGGGUUUUUUUUAAAUAGAGCUGUAAUAUAGCUGACAAACAUCUGUGUACAAGUUCCUGCUACAUCUCUUCUCCUCUGGCGUAUGUGGCUUCAGAGACACAAGAAGGAAACCUCAGUGUGUUUACUCUUGCUACAGCCUCCCAGGUCUGGAGGGCAGCGAGUAAGCCUGUACUUGUAUAACUAACUACACUGAAGCUCUCGCCUUAAGUUUCUAUCUUCCUACACAGCUUUGCAGUACAGCCUGCUGUACUUCAGUGACAGUCUGGGUCAUACCACUUACUGUAAAGUGCUGCUGUCUAAUAGCAGAAAGUGAUGUUCUUGUUGUUGUCUGUCUGUCUGCUGUUUAUACUUGCAGUUCUGUUCAUAUCCCUGGUUCAUUGCUGGAUCAUUCAGGCAUAAUUGGAUUUAACUUCGUUAGUAGUUCAGCAGUUAGUUUGAGUCCCUUUAAGGAGGAAAAAAAAACCAAAAGGGGAGAUGAAAACUGACUGCUUUAAUUCUGUGUCAGUGGCCAUUUAAAUUCAAAAGGCAAAAAAAGCUGAAAUAUGAAAUCAUGCCUUUCCAUGCACUGAAGCUUUUGUGAGGCAAGAUUGAAUGAAACAAGCUAUUUACUCGUAGCAACGUCACCCAGGACGCCAACAGCAGCACCGAACCCUUGUUCCUGCAGACAAAGAACAAAGAGAUUUUACUCAAUCGCGAAGAGAUGAAAGGAUGUACUUUUUUUUGACUACUUGUAUUAAAAACAUUGGUAGUUUUUAUUGAAUUCUGUACAUUUUGGCAGAUGUUUCAUUUCUACUUAUCAUUGAAAGAUAAUGGAUGUUGAAAUUUUUAUGUCUGAAGUUUGAGUCUAUAUUUUGCAGUUGUAAAUAAUUCAUUAUCAGUGUAACUUUUGUUUGACAAAAGACUUAUACUGUAUGAAGAACUGAAAUAAUGAAAUGAU